CCUCCAGUUCGCCCCUUACAGUAUAUAGCCAGGGGGCGCUGUUGCUUGUUUUCAUUACUUUAUUAGGCUGCGUUCUUAUCACGAUUUUUUUUUGCAUCUGUAUGUAGAAUCGUAUCCAUUGACGUCUACUGACAAAAUGUAUCAAACAGGUAUCACUGUUGGAUCAGCACUUGGCAAAGGCCUCUUUCCUCCAGCAGCCAGCUCCGGGACAAGUCCUAUGUCUCACCGCAAGUUUUCGGCCCCCCGGCAUGGACAUCUUGGUUUUUUGCCCCAUAAGCGCAGUAAACGUCACCGGGGUAAAGUGAAGACUUGGCCAAAAGAUGACCCCAGCAAACCUGUUCACCUUACAGCGUUCCUUGGCUACAAGGCUGGGAUGACCCACAUUCUGCGAGAGAUCCACCGCUCGGGACUCAAGAUUUCUAAGCGGGAGGAAGUAGAAGCCGUUACCAUCAUAGAAACCCCUCCUCUGGUCGUGGUGGGGAUAGUGGGAUACGUGGAGACACCUCGAGGCUUGAGAGUCUUGAAGACCAUAUUUGCUGAACAUAUCAGCGAUGAGUGCCGGAGACGCUUCUAUAAGACUUGGUAUAAGAGCAAGAAAAAGGCCUUUACAAAGUACUGCAAAAAAUGGCAGGAUGAACAAGGCAAGAAACAGCUCGAAAAAGACUUUGCUGCCAUGAAGAAAUACUGCAAGGUUAUCCGGGUUGUAGUGCACACUCAGAUGAAGCUUCUCCCGUUGAGGCAGAAGAAGGCCCAUGUCAUGGAAAUCCAGCUUAAUGGUGGGACCAUCUCUGAGAAGGUAGACUGGGCUCACGAGAAGCUGGAAAAGCAAAUCCCAGUGAGCACCGUCUUUGGCCAGGAUGAGAUGAUUGAUGUCAUUGGUGUUACCAAGGGAAAGGGAAUGAAAGGUGUAACCUCGCGUUGGCACAACAAGAAGUUGCCACGUAAGACACACAAGGGUUUACGUAAGGUAGCCUGCAUCGGAGCCUGGCACCCUGCUCGCGUUUCCUACACCAUAGCCCGAGCUGGCCAGAAGGGUUACCACCAUCGUACGGAGAUCAACAAGAAGAUUUAUCGUAUUGGCAAAGGUAUCCAUCUCCAAGAUGGAAAGGUUGUGAAGAACAAUGCAUCAACACAGUACGAUAUCACUGACAAGUCCAUUACACCAUUGGGAGGGUUCCCACAUUACGGUCCAGUAAACAAUGACUUUAUCAUGGUUAAGGGAUGCGUUGUAGGAAGCAAGAAGCGUGUCCUCACCCUCCGGAAGUCUUUGUUGGUUCACACAAGUCGUCGUGCCUUGGAGUCCAUCGACCUAAAAUUCAUCGACACUACAUCUAAGUUCGGCCAUGGAUGCUUCCAGACAGACCAGGAAAAGAGAGCCUUCAUGGGACCCCAGAAGAAGCAUCUAAUAAAAGACAAGUUGGAGCCAGCAGAGGAGCCGUAGGCCUUGUACCAUUAUAUGUUUUAUUGAUGAAGGAAUGGCAAUAAAUAUGGCCUUGUGAUAUCAUCACCUUCAUUUUUUUGUUCAU